UAAACAAACAACAAUAUAGCUUUCCAUUCAUGAACCUACGAAAAGCUCAACUCUGAUAACGUAGGACUAUGGAGUAUGAGAAACCAGAGAGCUUGAGCGUUGGAAGAACAAAGAAAGUCGGCAAAGUAAUAAAAAAAAUAGGAGACACGUCUAACACCGAAGAAGAGAAUAGGUAAAUGUACACUCAUUAGCAUCGCAGAUGCACCACAUGAAGGUAGAGAAGACAAAUACUACAGAAAAAGUAAAUCAUUCAUCACAUGUCAUGAAGUAUAAGUAACAAGGCCAAGCAAGACAAUAGUAUAUGAUCAAAAGUCAAACCUAUACAUAAAAGCACACUUUAAUACAAUCUAUGUUGCCAUAAUCGGGAUCAUUGAGAAAUGCAGCCACAUUCUAGUUAGAGCAGAGUUGGAAUUUUUAACUACUCAAAUUAUAGUGUUUAUAGCUGGUUCCAUAUACCAAAAUUGGUAAAGCAGUGUAAUUUGGAUCUUCUGAUGCAUUUCUUCAUCCACCAUAAAUUUUAUUCUAUUUCUUUCAUUCCAGGUGUGGGAUAAGACAAACAGGUGCAUUUUUAACUGGUGCAGCUCCUAAUGGUCUAUUUGGACGUGGUAUUGAAAAUAUAUCUGCCCAAAGCAUGUUAGCAAGUAAAGGUCUUGCUGCAAAUUCUCUCUAUGUGCUUUGGACCUGAUGGUAUUGGAAGAAUAGUGUUUGGAGAUAAAGGAAGUACAGGCCAAGGAGAAACACCACUCAAUCUUGAUCAACCAUACCCAACUUAUAACAUCAGCCUGACAGGAAUAACAGUAGGAAGAAAGAUCACUGAUUUUGAUUUCAGAGCCAUUUUCGACUCUAGCACUUCAUUCAAAUACUUGAACGACCCAGUUUACAAAGUCAUUACAGAAAACUUCGAUUCUGAAGCAAAAAGGCCGCGUAUUCAACCUGAUGGCGAAAUUCCUUUUGAGUACUGCUAUGGGAUCAAGAAAAAAGAAGAGGUUGACUGA